AAGAUAGUAAAAGCGUCUGUUUGUAUAGUAUUUAUAAUGUGUGCAGUCUGCUGUUCAAUAACAACGGCAGUAUUAUUAACGCAAAUGAAGCAGCAUUAUCCCAAAAAUACGACGAUGUCCUUACAGUUAAAAGAGAGAGUAGUCAUCAUUUUGUUUUCCCAGGAGAAUCUAUUGUGUUAGAUUGUGCUGUUGGUUCAUGUGGAGCAAAUUUCGUUUUUUGGUAUAAAUAUGAAAAUGGCCAUGAUAGAAAUUUAACAUCCGUAAUAGACUCAAAAAAAUACAGUGGAAGUACACCCUCUAAACCAGAUCUUACCAUCUUCAAUGCCGAUAAAACUGAUGCCGGCAGUUAUACAUGUUUUGUUGUCUUCGACAAAGGAAUUAUACACAGUAAUAUCACCAAGCUUUAUGUUUCUGACGGAAGUGUAGGAGACGAAUUUAUUUUGGCCUUUUUCAAUAGUGGAGGAAUGAGCGCAAAUGCAUUAUACAUUACGUCAAUGCAUCAUGGAAAGUGCAUCAUAAAUUCACAAAACAUUCAUUCGAGUAUAUUUGUGUCUCCAAACACAACUAGUAUAUAUAGGUUUGCUAAAUCGCAAGAUCUUAGGGAAAGCAAAAGUCGUAAAGGAGUUUAUAUUAUCUGUAAUACAAAGGUGUCAAUUACUGCAUACAGUAAAAUAAACAGCAAACGUGCAACAUUUCUACUUUUACCAGUGCAAAUGCUUGGAAAAGAGUAUGUGGUACCUUCAUACAUGUCAACCUCAAAUAGAUACGGACAUUCAAGUAUAUUUGCUGUGGUGGCUGUUUACACCGAUACGAAAGUGAACAUAACAGUAAGAUCGGGCACUAAAGGGAACGUCAACCUUAAUAACAAACGUCACUUAAAUGGAUCCGAAAUAUUCAUGAAUAUGACAUAUUUGGAUACGAUGCAAAUAUCAGAAUACAAAGGUGAUUUAAGUGGAACCUACAUAAAUGCGUCAAAACCAGUUGCAGUAAUUUCCGGUCACACGUGUGUAUUUAUGAGAAAUAGCUAUUGCGGGCGUUUAAUGGAAAUGAUAAUCGCUAUUAAAGACUUUAGUAAAAGAUUCAUUAUUCCAAAAUUAGAACGAUCAGAGAGGGUUAAGUUGAGAGCAUAUUCCUAUGUCAAAACGGACAUGUUUUGCUCUUAUUUGAAUAAAAGCAAUAUUUCUUUUUCUUUACAUUCCACAGACUUUUUAGAGCUUGACUAUGAAGAUUUAACCACGGUACGAACAACUGGAAACAUUCAUAUUCAACUUUACCGAGGUUUAUUUGGAGGUUCAUCAAUGACCACUGUGCCCGGUACUAACCAGUAUUUAUCCUACUACAUGUUCUUCGUUCCGUAUGGUUACCAAAAAAAUUAUUUAAGUAUCAUUAUACGAUCUGAUGGAAUAAAAGGAAUUCGCAUUAACAAAAAAGAAAUAGAAACGCUUCAAAAUAGAACCUUUGAUUUGAUAGGUACUCAAUACACUACGUUUGUGUGGAGAAUAUUGUCUGGCAGACAUACUGCAGAACAAAUUCAAAAUGUUCCAUUUGGGUUGGUUGUUUUCGCAGAAAAUCCUAAAAUGCGUCAUGACGUAAAUUUCGGCUAUUUAGUAGGAAUGAGUUUGUUGCCCUCAAAUGGAACUUAAUAAAUACAUUUAAAAGGCGAAAAUAAAAAUUGGGGUGUUUCCUCGUGAAAAAGAUGAAAAAUAACAUUUUACAACAAUGUUUUAGCGAAACGGUCUUAAUUAUAAAAACGUAUUAUAUACUCUCAGAAGGCGUGUUGUGUGUGAACAUUCUAAAACAGCUAACAAAGCUGCACACACACGUACUUUAAUGAAUUACUAAAAGCUGAGAACCUACCUUUGAGUACGUUUAUAUCUACAGAUGAACAUGCUGCAACAACAACUGACGAAUUAUUUCGGUAUUUAUACAUUCUUGACUUUCUAAUAUUUGGAUUUGAUGAUAAGGCAAAUCCAGAAUAGCCAUUCGGACGCAUGAAAUUUACAAAGUGAUAAUUUCAUCUUUUUAUACGUCAUUUGGUCCCUAGAGGAAAAGGGCCUCAUUGGCAAUCGUACCACCUUUUAUUUUAUCUCUGUUGCUGUCCUAACAAAACAUUUUCCUAUAUAAACUUUGUUAAAACGGGAUCACUUAACUUUAAGAAUAAGAGAACUAUGGUAAUUUCUUUGUUAAAUGCUCAUAUUUUAAAUCCUUUUGUAUAAACCCCUCUGAAAUGACAUCGUCAAGAUGCUUUGGUUUCUUUACAACAUAUCUUGUUUUCUGACAAACGUAGGACUUUACUGUGCUCCUCCUAUUGCCGACGUCAGGGUUUAGUCAUAUGAGGCAGACGUCAUGCAAGAACUUCUGAUGACAAUAAAAAAGAAGCUAUCAUUGUCCACCAACUUCAUGUUUACUUUAUAAAAGAUAUUCUCUUACUAAAUAAUUCAAAGUUUGGUGACUAUGUUAAACGCAUCUAAUCCAACAAACAUUAAAUAAAAGAUACCACAGAUACAGUAAAUUCUACCUCAUAAUUGGACUGAUAUAUAUAUAUUGACACUAUGGGUCUGUUUAGAACAAAACGUUUUUACAACGGAGAUGAGUUCGGUUUUCCAAUUAUGAACAGUCUAUUUAAUGUGAGCAACAUUUCAGGAGCUCCUGAACACAAAAUCCCAAAGCCUGCUUUUCCUAUGAUGAUGUCCGUGUAGAGGAUUGCCGACUACAAGGAAGCAAUUAAAUUUAGGGUUCUAUGUGGUACAGUUGAAGCCAUUGUCUUAAAACGUUUACAGACGCAAAUACAAGUUGGUUGAAAAUUGUAUCCUAGUUGACCACAGAUGUGUUCCAAUACUCGUAACAACAAUUCCGUUUUUUUUUUCAUCGAUCGUAACAUUGCCAUAUCUAAUUUUUACUUACAUGGAAAAUCGAAGGAAGUAACAUCUUGAGAAGGAUCUGCUUAUCUUUCAGAGCACAUGAAUUCACCCUGGGUUUUUGUGUGGUUUGUGUUGCUCAGCUUUAUAUUCCUAUGAUCCGAUUUGAAGAAUGUAGUUUGUCUUUUCAUCCUCUUUUCGUGUAAUGCCAUUUCUCUCUAGUUUUGAAUGUUCCAUUGAUAUCUGUUGCCACUUUUUGAAAUUCAUUUAUCCAUUAAAUGUUGAUGAAAUGACAUAAACAUGUUUCCAAUAUGCAAAACGAAAAAUAUUUUUUUAGUUUUAUUAUU